AUGUCCCGCUCCUUCUUGAUCCCCCGGGGCGGCGACGACCAGCCCAUCGAGAUCCAGAUUGCCGAACCCGCCCUCCGUGCCCAGGGGUUGAGUUUGCAAACCUGGACCUCGUCGUUUGUGCUCGCUAGCCUAUUGCACAGGCUCGAUAAGGUGGACUUUCCUCUUCCUCCCUUGAGCGGUACUAUCCCGGUGCUCGAGCUCGGCGCUGGUACAGGGCUGGUCGGGCUCACGGCUGCUGCUCUGUGGGCUGUCCCCGUCGUUCUCACAGACCUGCCACCGAUUGUUCCAGGUCUAGCGGGCAAUGUCCAGCUGAACGCCCCAGUGGUUAAGGGACUCGUACGCUGUGGCUCUCUGGACUGGGCCGCCCCCGAACGGCUGACUUUGCAGAAUGGAGAGACUCGUUCUGCCAACACCGACAAAGCUCGUGUAAUUCUCGCAGCAGACACGGUGUACUCGGAGGAACAUCCCGAGUUGCUCUCGAAAGCCAUUCUUCGAUGGCUUGCUGAUGGACCGUCUUCUCGACUGGUCUUGACUUACCCAAUGCGGGUGGCGUACUUGGACCAGAUCCGAGAGUUAUGGGAACUUUUAGAGACGGGCGGGCUAGAAGCCAUCCUGGAAGGUCGUGAACAAGCCUCUGUUGAUGAUUGGGACGACGAGUGCCUGUGUGAAUGGAGCGUGUGGAGAUGGAAACAGAGCAACCAGAAGACGAGGUAA